CAGUCAGAGAAUCUUCACAGAAAAUCCUCAUUUCUGUCCUGGACUUUGAACUGAGAACAUUUCAGCCACACAGACAAUUUAUCACUUUAACUCAAGAAAGUAUGGUCAAUAUAUGGAAAGAAAUGAAAGAAGUAGAGAGGAAGAAAGAAAGUCUGAAGAUGUCUCAACAUAAAAAGAAUGAAAAUACCAGACAACGCCCUCUGGAUCCAGUUAAAAUGGAGAAUGAGGCAGAAAGUGUCAAAGAUAAAGAGACAGGGUCAACAUCAAGACUCUCUAACAUCAGGGAAAGCGAUGAGACGGAUUCCUCUGCUUCCUCAGCCACAUCAGUAACCUCCGAGAUUGCUAGCAUGUUCGUCGAGGAGAUACUGGACCAGGCCAUGGGAAAUAUUAAUGAACUAAUGCAAUCUAUAUCCAGGUGGGAAGCCGAGGAACAACCAAAGUCAGAGGCUGAUGACAAAUCCUCAGCGGCUUGUUGUUCUCGGCAGUUGCAAAGAUUUUUUAGCCUCCGGAGAGUAUUUGCCGAGCACCAAGGACAGACACAGGAAGUCACCCAGGAAGACAUGGUUUCCAAGAUGUUUUCAACACCAGGAACUGUGGCAGAGGCUGUUACACCAAAAGGUGUCAUGGAGAUAUUCAAGAAGGACAACCUGGUCACAGCUAUAGACUCUUCUCAGGAGGAUGAAGACGUCUGUAAGUCCUCUCCGACUGUCAGUACACAGGGGCCUUGUGAUUCUGACAGGACAGAGGAGAAAUCUUCUGACAGACAUGGCAGCAAGAUGUAUAAGAAGAUCAAGUCUGUAUUGAGGCGCAGCUUCCGAUGGAGACAAAAGAAAAAGGACCACCUCGAAGAAAAACAAGAUUUGGAUGAGGCUAGUGGGUCAGACAGCAGUGACAAGGAAGCUGGCUCUCCAUGUCCUGAAGAGAAAUCUCCAACUGAUUCAAUGCGCUCCAGUGAGGACCUCAGGGAUGCAACAAAAGCAGACCUAAGUUCUGCCCCCCUGGAACGGUUGGGUGUGGAUGAAGAGGAUGUCAUGCCAGAAAAGAAACCAUCAAAACCCUCCUCAAAACUAUCUACCACCAGCUCAUCACCACCAGCAGAGCAUCGCAAGGAGAGGUCUCCAGUCACAGAGAAAGACCUGUACAGAGACUCCACCCCAGGAACUGUGGCAGAUAAGGAUGUCACACCCAAGGGUGUCAUGGAGUCAUUCAUUGAGUACAACCUGGUCACAGAAAUGGAUGUAACAUCUAAAGACAUUCAUUUGACAAGACCAGGAUCUCCAUUUCUUAGAGAGAUGUCCUUCACUAAGAUGGAUUCACCUUCUCAGGAGGAUGACAAAGAUGGCUGUAAGUCCUCUCCGACUGUCAGUACACAGGGGCCUUGUGAUUCUGACAGGACAGAGGGGAAAUCUGCUGACAGACAUGGCAGCAAGAUGUAUAAGAAGAUCAAGUCCAUAUGGAAGCACAGCUUCAGAUCGAGACAAAAGAAAAAGGACCACCUCGAAGAAAAACAAGAUUUGGAUGAGGCUGGUGGUUCAGACAGUUCAGACAGCAGUGACAUGAAACCUGGCUCUCCACGUCCUGAAGAGAAAUCUCCCACUGGCUCAAUGUGUUCCAGUGAGGACAUCAGGGAUGCAACAAAAGCAGACCUCUACUCAGUUACUCUGGAACAGGUGGAUAAGGUGGAUGAGGAUGUCCCUCCAGAAGAGAAACCAUCAAAACUCUCUUCAAAACCAUCCAUCACCAGCUCAUCACCACCAUCAGAGCAUCACACAGAGAGGUCUUCGGUCACAGAGAAAGACCUGUACAGGGACUCCACCCCAGGAACUGUGGCAGAUAAGGAUGUCACACCCAAGGGUCUCUCGCAGUCAUUUAUUGAGGACAACCUGGUCACAGAAAUGGAUGCAACAUCUAAAGACAUUCAUUUGGCAAGACCAGGAUCUCCAUUUCUUAGAGAGAUGUCCUUCACUAAGAUGGAUUCACCUUCUCAGGAGGAUGACAAAGACGUCUGUAAGUCCUCUCCAACUGUCAGUACACAAGGGUCUUGUGAUUCUGAAAGGACAAAGGAGAAAUCUGCUGACAGACAUGGCAGCAAGAUGUAUAAGAAGAUCAAGUCCAUAUGGAAGCACAGCUUCAGAUCGAGACAAAAGAAAAUGGACCACCUCGAAACAGACCCAGAUUUGGAUGAGACUGGUGGGUCAGACAGUAGUGACUUGAAAUCUGUCUCUCCACGUCCUGAAGAGAAAUCUCCCACUGGCUCAAUGUGUUCCAGUGAGGACAUCAGGGAUGCAACAAAAUCAGACCUAUGCUCAGUUCCUCUGGAAUGGGUGGAUGAGGAUGUCGCUCCAGAAGAGAAGCCAUCAAAACUCUCUUCAAAACCAUCCAUUACCAGCUCAUCACCACCAGCAGAGCAUCACACAGAGAAGUCUUCAGUCACAGACAAGGACCUGUACAGGGACUCCACCCCAGGAACUGUGGCAGAUAAGGAUGUCACACCCAAGGGUCUCACGAAGUCAUUUAUUGAGGACAACCUGGUCACAGAAAUGGAUGCAAAAUCUAAAGACAUUCAUUUGACAAGACCAGGAUCUCCAUUUCUUAGAGAGAUGUCCUUCACUAAGAUGGAUUCACCUUCUCAGGAGGAUGACAAAGAUGGCUGUAAGUCCUCUCCAACUGUCAGUACACAGGGGCCUUGUGAUUCUGACAGGACAGAGGGGAAAUCUGCUGACAGACAUGGCAGCAAGAUGUAUAAGAAGAUCAAGUCCAUAUGGAAGCACAGCUUCAGAUCGAGACAAAAGAAAAUGGACCACCUCGAAGAACAAGAUUCAGAUGAGGCUGGUGGUUCAGACAGUUCAGACAGCAGUGACAUGAAACCUGGCUCUCCACGUCCUGAAGAGAAAUCUCCCACUGGCUCAAUGUGUUCCAGUGAGGACAUCAGGGAUGCAACAAAAGCAGACCUCUACUCAGUUACUCUGGAACUGGUGGAUGUGGAGGAUGAGGAUGUCGCUCCAGAAGAGAAGCCAUCAAAACCUUCCUCAAAACCAUCCACCACCAGCUCAUCACCACCAGCAGAGCAUCACACAGAGUGGUCUUCAGUCACAGAGAAAGACCUGUACAGGGACUCCACCCCAGGAACUGUGGCAGAUAAGGAUGUGAUACCCGAGGGUGUCACGCAGUCAUUUAUUGAGGACAACCUGGUCACAGAAAUGGAUGCAAAAUCUAAAGACAUUCAUUUGGCAAGACCAGGAUCUCCAUUUCUUAGAGAGAUGUCCUUCACUAAGAUGGAUUCACCUUCUCAGGAGGAUGACAAAGAUGGCUGUAAGUCCUCUCCGACUGUCAGUACACAGGGGCCUUGUGAUUCUGACAGGAAAGAGGAGAAAUCUUCUGACAGACAUGGCAGCAAGAUGUAUAAGAAGAUCAAGUCCAUAUGGAAGCACAGCUUCAGAUCGAGACAAAAGAAAAUGGACCACCUCGAAACAGACCCAGAUUUGGAUGAGACUGGUGGGUCAGACAGUAAUGACUUGAAAUCUGGCUCUCCACGUCCUGAAGAGAAAUCUCCCACUGGCUCAAUGUGUUCCAGUGAGGACAUCAGGGAUGCAACAAAAGCAGACCAACGCUCAGUUCCUCUGGAACAGGUGGAUAAGGUGGAUGAGGAUGUCCCUCCAGAAGAGAAGCCAUCAAAACUCUCUUCAAAACCAUCCAUCACCAGCUCAUCACCACCAGCAGAGCAUCACACAGAGAAGUCUUCAGUCACAGACAAGGACCUGUACAGAGACUCAACCACAGGAACUGUGGCAGAUAAGGAAGUCACACACGAGGGUGUCACAAAGUCAUUUAUUGAGGACAACCUGGUCACAGAAAUGGAUGCAACAUCUAAAGACAUUCAUUUGGUAAGACCAGGAUCUCCAUUUCUUAGGGAGAUGUCCUUCAUCAAGAUGGAUUCACCUUCUCAGGAGGAUGACAAAGAUGGCUGUAAGUCCUCUCCGACUGUCAGUACACAGGGGCCUUGUGAUUCUGACAGGACAGAGGAGAAAUCUUCUGACAGACAUGGCAGCAAGAUGUAUAAGAAGAUCAAGUCCAUAUGGAAGCACAGCUUCAGAUCGAGACAAAAGAAAAUGGACCACCUCGAAGAACAAGAUUCAGUUGAGGCUGGUAGUUCAGACAGUUCAGACAGCAGUGACAGGAAACCUGGCUCUCCACGUCCUGAAGAGAAAUCUCCCACUGGCUCAUUGUGUUCCAGUGAGGACAUCAGGGAUGCAACAAAAGCAGACCAACGCUCAGUUCCUCUGGAACAGGUGGAUAAGGUGGAUGAGGAUGUCCCUCCAGAAGAGAAGCCAUCAAAACUCUCUUCAAAACCAUCCAUCACCAGCUCAUCACCACCAGCAGAGCAUCACACAGAGAAGUCUUCAGUCACAGACAAGGACCUGUACAGAGACUCAACCACAGGAACUGUGGCAGAUAAGGAAGUCACACACGAGGGUGUCACAAAGUCAUUUAUUGAGGACAACCUGGUCACAGAAAUGGAUGCAAAAUCUAAAGACAUUCAUUUGGUAAGACCAGGAUCUCCAUUUCUUAGGGAGAUGUCCUUCAUCAAGAUGGAUUCACCUUCUCAGGAGGAUGACAAAGACGUCUGUAAGUCCUCUCCGACUGUCAGUACACAGGGGCCUUGUGAUUCUGACAGGACAGAAGAGAAAUCUUCUGACAGACAUGGCAGCAAGAUGUAUAAGAAGAUCAUGUCCAUAUGGAAGCACAGCUUCAGAUCGAGACAAAAGAAAAUGGACCACCUCGAAGAACAAGAUUCAGUUGAGGCUGGUGGUUCAGACAGUCCAGACAGCAGUGACAGGAAACCUGGCUCUCCACAUCCUGAAGAGAAAUCUCCCACUGGCUCAUUGUGUUCCAGUGAGGACAUCAGGGAUGCAACAAAAGCAGACCAACGCUCAGUUCCUCUGGAACAGGUGGAUAAGGUGGAUGAGGAUGUCCCUCCAGAAGAGAAGCCAUCAAAACUCUCUUCAAAACCAUCCAUCACCAGCUCAUCACCACCAGCAGAGCAUCACACAGAGAAGUCUUCAGUCACAGACAAGGACCUGUACAGAGACUCAACCACAGGAACUGUGGCAGAUAAGGAAGUCACACACGAGGGUGUCACAAAGUCAUUUAUUGAGGACAACCUGGUCACAGAAAUGGAUGCAACAUCUAAAGACAUUCAUUUGGUAAGACCAGGAUCUCCAUUUCUUAGGGAGAUGUCCUUCAUCAAGAUGGAUUCACCUUCUCAGGAGGAUGACAAAGACGUCUGUAAGUCCUCUCCGACUGUCAGUACACAGGGGCCUUGUGAUUCUGACAGGACAGAAGAGAAAUCUGCUGACAGACAUGGCAGCAAGAUGUAUAAGAAGAUCAUGUCCAUAUGGAAGCACAGCUUCAGAUGGAGACAAAAGAAAACAGGCCCCCUCGAAGAACAAGAUUCAGUUCAGGCUGGUAGUUCAGACAGUUCAGACAGCAGUGACAUGAAACCUGGCUCUCCACGUCCUGAAGAGAAAUCUCCCACUGGCUCAAUGUGUUCCAGUGAGGACAUCAGGGAUGCAACAAAAGCAGACCAACGCUCAGUUCCUCUGGAACUGGUGGAUGUGGAGGAUGAGGAUGUCGCUCCAGAAGAGAAGCCAUCAAAACCCUCCUCAAAACCAUCCAUCACCAGCUCAUCACCACCAGCAGAGCAUCACACAGAGUGGUCUUCAGUCACAGAGAAAGACCUGUACAGGGACUCAACCCCAGGAACUGUGGCAAAUAAGGAUGUCACACCCAAGGUUUUCAUGGAGUCAAUCAAUGACAACAACCUGGUCACAGAAAUGGAUGCAACAUCUAAAGACACUCACUUGACAAAACCAGGAUCUCGAUUUCCUGAUGACACGUCUCCCACUGCCUUAAUGUGCUGUAGGGAGGACAUAAGGGAUACGACAAAAGCAGACCUAAGCUCUGUCCCUCUGGAACUUGUGGAUGUUGGGGAUGAGGACAUCACACAAGUAGAUCAUGACGAAGAAAGGUCUUCAGACACAAAACCAUCCACCACCAGCUCAGAAACAGAGAAAGACCUGUACAAAGACUAUUUUAAAGGUUCUCAAGGGGACAGCAGCGCAGCAGCAGAAGCUCAGCUCACUGGCCUGAAAAACACCUUGUACACCAUAAUCAAGGGAUUCUUUGACAAUUUUACUGAAAGGCAGCGGAGCGAAAUGAGCAACGGUGUUUAUAACAUGGACGUGAAGAAGAAACUGGUUGACUUUGGUACAGAGGUUAUCAGGCUCAUAAUAGAGGCGAUCACCAAUAUGCUAUCAAAACCCAUUGAUGAAUUUCCUCCUCCAUACAAUAUGACUAAGAGAGGUUCUGCCUUUUCCCCUGUAUGUGGGACAGAGACUGUUGGUCAGAACUUGCCCUUAGAGCAUUUCUGGGAGAAUGUGACAGGACAGGAUAACAUCCAGCAGAGUUUGAAAGGUUCCUUUGGCGAGGCUUUCACGUUGGCCAUUGUGAAAUCGAUCACAGAUGAAGUCAACCCUGUUUUGUCAGAGACGAUACAAGCCUCACUGGCUGGAGGAACUUCCAAUGUCCAUGCAGCUACCUGCUGCCAGUUCUCAACUUGUGGAGCAUGCAAGGAGAUGUUGGCAGGAGUUACCCAGGUAAUGAAUUCUUUCCUCACAGGUCUAGGUACUGCAAGUAAGAAGACAAUUCAGACUGAAAGGACACAGAAACACUCAGGUCAUGAGACUAAAGAUGACAGAGUGGCCAGUGCACAUCACAAAAAAGUCCACAUGAAGAAAUCACCAUGUUGGAGCUUUGGGCGGAAAUGGCGGAAGAAUAAGGUCCAGCCAGAGGCUCAUCUGGAGGAGGAAGUCACAGAUUACCGAGAUAGCCCACUGCUGUUCGAAACGCAGAACAAGGACAAGAAGGCGUUAUCUCAAGAUCAGGCUGUCCAGGCCAAAAGGCCUUCUUUGCUAAAGAGAUUCCAGCUGUUCUAUGCUCCUUCAAUGAAGAUGUGACAAACGAGUGACACCCUUCCACCCUACUUAACCAACCCCAAACCCUACUCUAUUGCCUCUCGCUAUUCCCCUUCCCUCCCUUUUUGCUCCACUCUGACCUCUCCUAACAAGCAGCACAGUGGUUCAGUGGUUUACACUGUUGCCACACAUGUUCUCACUGUGUGCAUGGGUUUUCUCUGGGUGCUCCGGUUUUCCCCAACAAUCAAAAACAUGUAUGUUAAUUCUCCUUCAUUAGAUUUUCCAACUCUCCUAACCUUCCCUCUAGUACCCAA